AUGGCGUAUCACCUAACUACAUCGUAUGCCGGAGAGGCUCUCCUCUCUGGCUUCAACUGGUUCAAUGGAGUAGACCCAUCUCAUGGAUUUGUUUCUUACCAAAGCAGACGCGAUGCCGAAGCCAUGGGCCUAUACAGCAUCGACGAGAGAUCAGGCGUCGUCAGACUAGGCGUAGACAGCACCAACGAGUAUUCGCUCUCUGACCGAGGCCGGCCGAGUAUCCGCAUCGAGAGCAAGGCGACGUAUGAUCACGGCCUGUUCAUUGCCGACUUUCUGCACAUGCCGCCCUCGCAUUGCGGCUUAUGGCCAGCGUUCUGGACAUAUGGCGACAACUGGCCCUACGACGGCGAAAUAGACAUCAUCGAGGGCGUCAACACCGCCCACACAAACAUCCUCUCCGCCCACACCGCCGACGGCUGCACCCAGAGCCCAACCAUCGACGGCCUCUAUAGCGGCCAACUGAUCAACACGGAAUGCGCCGUCGGCGAGAACAACAUUGGCUGCGGCUUUCAUCCCUCGGCGGAGGACACUUCUUCGUACGGUGACGGCUUCAAUGCCGCUCACGGAGGUGUGUAUGCCAUGGAGUGGGAUUCCGUGCAUAUCCGCAUCUGGCAUUUCGCGCGGGGGGAGAUUCCGCGGGAUAUUGAGGAGAAGAAGCCGGAUCCCGAGACAUGGGGGCUGCCGAUUGCGGUGUUUGGGGGGGAGAGCUGUGAUGUUGAUGAGUAUUUCAAGAGGAUGAGGCUGGUGCUGAAUAUUAACUUUUGCGGCGAUUACGGUAAUGCUGUUUGGGGCAUCACGGAUCAGUGCAAUGCGUUUGCGUCGACAUGUCCUGAAUAUGUGGCAAGUCAUCCAGAGGCCUUUGCGAAUGCUUACUGGGAUGUCCGGUAUAUCGAUGCCUAUCAGCUU